UGUCCGCAGUCUCUGGUCAUCCCUGUACUGUGUCCGCAGUUCUGGUCAUCCCUGUACUGUGUCCGCAGUCUCUGGUCAUCCCUGUACUGUGUCCGCAGUCUCUGGUCAUCCCUGUACUGUGUCCGCAGUCUCUGGUCAUCCCUGUACUGUGUCCGCAGUCUCUGGUCAUCCCUCAGUCAUCUCCUGUACUGUCCGCAGUCUCUGGUCAUCUCCUGUGCUGUCUGCAGUCUCUGGUCAUCUCCAGUGCUGUGUCCGCAGUCUCUGGUCAUCUCCUGUACUGUGUCCGCAGUCUUUGGUCAUCUCCUGUGCUGUCCACAGUCUCUGGUCAUCUCCUGUGCUGUGUCCGCAGUCUCUGACCAUCUCCUGUACUAUGUUCGCAGUCUCUGGUCAUCUCCUGUACUGUGUCCGCAGUCUCUGGUCAUCUCCUGUACUAUGUCCGCAGUCUCUGGUCAUCUCCUGUACUGUGUCCGCAGUCUCUGGUCAUCUCCUGUACUAUGUCCACAGUCUCUGGUCAUCUCCUGUACUGUGUCCGCAGUCUCUGGUCAUCUCCUGUACUGUGUCUGCAGU